CCCUGUGACAGACAGCGGCGGAUUCCAGGGAGGCAGGCGAAACGGGUUUGGGGGAGAGAGUGUGGGAGACAUACACACACAGACGGGGAGGGAGGGAGAGUAAAACUUCGGGAUAAGAGGAAAAAAAAGUUUCGCCUCGCCUGAAAGCGGACCAGCGAAGGGCAGCCCGAGACCGGAACCGGUGCCUGGGCUCGAAUUGGGAAGUAGCGGCGUGGGAAAACCUUUGCGUGGGGAACGAGACAGGGGGAGAGAGUUGGGGGGAUUAUCUACGAGUUGCGGGAGCGGUGGGGAUGAUGAAUAGGAGGAAUCUCAUGGAGUGAUGUUAUUGGUGAUUCCCGAAGAAUCAAGACGGAACAGACGCCGGGACGCAAGGAAAUAAAAACCGAGAAAUCGGCGAUCCGAGUGCACCAGUCUGCGGGCAGGGCGGCGACGGCGGCGCCAUGACGGAAGGAGCUGGCCGGUAGUGGGGAAGACGCGUGCCAUGGCAGGGCUUCAGCCCGAGGGUCUGGGAGUCGGCACCGAGGACCCAGGGCCUGCAGCCCGGCGCGUGGGAGAGACGACAGGGGUGGGGGGGACCAUGGUCCAGGAGAUUCCGGCAGCCCACCUCGACAACGGGGAGGUGUCACAGGACGGACUCUCCUCGCUGGGCCUCAGCCCGGAGGGGGAACUGCGCAGGACUGUGGCCGGGCCGGAGGGGGAGGAAGGGGGACAGGCAAGCGCGGGGAGCCCGCACCAGGGGCCCGAGCUGGACAUGUGCUCCCUCCAGGUAGCAGGACUGCCAGGAGCCCACGCAGACCUGGGGGACUUGAGCAGCCAGGCUGAGCUGAGCUCUGCUGAAAAGGGGAGCAUCAGGAGCAUAGAGCUCAGUGGCACUUUGGACGGGACCGGACUGGAAGGGACCCCCAAUGGCUUGGUGUGGGACAUGCACUCACCGGAGGGGGGCCAGGAAGACACCCCAAAACUGGAGGGGGACAGGCUAGAAACAAGUACAAACAGCUAUGGAGCCACCAGCCCGGACAGCCCUGCCCCUUCCAGCAGCUACACAGACCUGUCCCAGACGUCCUCUCCCUCUCUGUCGGACCAGCUGCGGCUGGGCCGUGAGGACGGGCCGGGCUCGGGCAUCAACGUGGAGUGUCGCAUCUGUGGGGACAAGGCCUCUGGCUUCCACUAUGGAGUUCACGCCUGUGAGGGCUGCAAGGGCUUUUUCCGGAGGACGAUCCGGAUGAAGCUGGAGUACGAGCGGUGUGAGCGGAGCUGCAAGAUCCAGAAGAAAAGCCGCAACAAGUGCCAGUACUGCCGGUUCCAGAAGUGCCUGGCACUGGGCAUGUCCCAUGACGCGAUCCGGUACGGGCGGAUGCCGGAGGCGGAGAAGAGGAAGCUGGUGGCCGGGUUGCUGGCUGGCGAGAUGAACGUGCAGAGCCCCGGCGGCUCCGACCUCAAGUCGCUGGCCAAGCACGUCAACAACGCCUACCUGAAGAACCUCAACAUGACCAAGAAGAAGGCACGCAGCAUCCUGACCGGCAAGACCAGCUCGAACCCGCCCUUUGUGAUCCAUGACAUGGACUCACUCUGGCAGGCGGAGAAUGGGCUGGUGUGGAACCAGCUGAUCCAUGGGGCACCCCCCAACAAGGAGAUCGGGGUGCACGUGUUCUACCGGUGCCAGUGCACCACUGUGGAGACUGUGCGGGAACUCACGGAGUUUGCCAAGAACAUCCCCGGCUUUGUGGGGCUCUUCCUCAAUGACCAGGUCACGUUGCUGAAGUACGGUGUACAUGAGGCCAUCUUCGCCAUGCUGCCCUCGCUGAUGAACAAAGACGGGCUGCUGGUUGCCAACGGCAAGGGCUUCGUGACGCGGGAGUUCCUGCGCAGCCUGCGGCGCCCCUUCAACGAGAUCAUGGAACCCAAGUUUGAGUUCGCGGUCAAGUUCAAUGCCCUGGAGUUGGACGACAGCGACCUGGCACUCUUCGUGGCCGCCAUCAUCCUGUGUGGAGAUCGGCCGGGCCUGAUGAGCGUGAAGCAGGUGGAGGAGAUCCAAGACAACAUCCUGCAGGCCCUGAACCUGCACCUGCAGGCCAACCACCCCGACUCGCUGUACCUCUUCCCCAAGCUGCUGCAGAAGAUGGCCGACCUGCGGCAGCUGGUGACCGAGAACGCGCAGCUCGUCCAAAAAAUAAAAAAGACCGAGUCUGAGACCUCACUACACCCACUCCUGCAGGAGAUCUACAAAGAUAUGUACUAGAAAAGAAUCAAUCAUGACAAUGAUAUAGAGAAAUAUUAAUUUAAGAUACAAAAGAUAUAUAUGUAAAUAUACGUAUAUGCGAUGAGAGAGCUGAAGCCAUGGAUUUCAAGCUGUUACAACAGGACAAUGACCACAGCAAAAGACUCACAAGUCUUCCGUUGCCAUAGAGGGGAGUGUUAAGUCUAAAGCUGUGGGUAUUUCAAAAUAGUAUGACAUGCUGCUGCAGCCCAAGGCUCUGUGAUUUUCUUUUUUGAUAGAUAUUCAUGUUUUGUAACUGAUUUUUUGACCUGCCCUUAAUAAUCUAGCCACAGGUGGGAUUUGUGCAUUUGAAGAAGGAAUCCCCAGGCACUAGGCCAGAGUGUGGUGUGGUUUCCUGACGUCUCCGACUUGGCAAAUAAGAAUAACCGGCUCAAAACUAUCGGAACGUCGUGUUGCAGGAUGAGGGCAGUCGGGGAGUUGAUCAGCCGACACAGGACUACAGGCAGGAUGCUGAGAGUGAAGGGUGCGUCCUGGUGUCCCUAAGGCAGUGGCGUGGACCCUUGAGAGAAAUAACAGGUGGCCCCUCUCUAGAGAUUCACAGAAUGCAACUCAUUUUUCCAUCAGAUGUUACAGAUGUUUUCAAAGCAUCUGUCCCAGUAAGAGGCAGUUAAACUUGUGAUGCUCAUGGUCUUGCUGAUUCUUCUGUUCCUUAAAGUGAGUGCUGUAUCACUUGAGCCAAUUUAGAGCCACAGGUGCAGUUCAGCCCUCUAUAUGUUUUAUAUUGCCCAGCACUACACUAAGGUGUUUAUAGGGCUGUUCAUUUUCCAACUGCCUACCUCUCUGUCUUCUCAAGAUCCCAGUUUAAUGAAAAUUCAUUGCCAUUUCAGCUUAGGAUGUUUUUUUCCUAUUUUUAAUUACAAUGAUUUGAAUCAUUGUACCUGUGAUUACUUUACACUACAUGCAUCUCUUUUUUAGGGAUUUGUCUGGACAAUUCAUUUAACUGCUGGUGGAACAUGUGUGCAACUAUACAAAAUCCUCACUGUGCUAAACUGGCGCUGCGGGAUGGAAAUGCGAGUUAAAUAGGUUCUGGAUAUAGUGAUGUUAAUCAGUAAUCUCUGCCUGAAGGCUUGGUGAAGCAGAACAGUGAACACCAGUGAAGUGAAAAGCUCACCUUGUUUCUUAAUUAAUAAGAGUCCUUGUGUUUUUAGCUGGGAACCCAAAUUAGCAUAUGGUAAGGUUAAAGGCAUGCCACGUGAUUAAAAAAAACACUGAAAACAAAAGGCCCUAGGUGUAUUUAAAAGCACUCAAGUCAUGUUUUAAAAGGGUGGAGAAAGGAGGCCUGUUGGAAGUCUGGUCUGGAGUCUUGCUUCCUCUUGUAACUCAAAGUGAGUUGAACCUCAGACAUUCACAAUGUGUGUAUAUAUACUGUAUGUUUCAAUACAGUCAUCUUCUCAAGUCUUUUAAUGUGGACACAACAGGCAUGCACUGAUGUUCAGUCACCCCUUUGCUCGGGUACAGCUUGACAGUUGUCGUUAGGCCAGCACACCCCUCACCAGACUGACCAGAGGAUUAGUGUGAUGGGGGAUUUGAGUCCAGGAAACAGGCUUUGAUCCUGUUGAGGUUAGUGUUGAACCUUGUAGCGGGCAGACUUGUUAUACGAGCAUGCUAGAAAUCUGAGUGAAAUUAGGUUAUUAACUGUUUUACAAAGAUCAGUAAAGAGGCAGAAGCCUGCACUUCUGCCAGGCUGUUGGCUAUGUCUUGCUGUGGCUGUUUGGCAGUUUGUUGUCACGACUCCUUUCUUCUGCACAAUGGCACUUGUAGUGUAGGGUAUCUGCUCUCCUCGUCAUAAUAAGCACUUUUCAUUUCAUCCACUGUAAUUUUUGAUUAGAACAGAGAUUUCCUUUUUUGAGCGGGACACAUCUACAAAAACACUUGAUACAAUUUUCAGAUAUUUUAGUCAAUGCUAUUUGCUUUUAAAUUUUGGUCUUUGUGACUCAGAUAUGACUCAAUAAUAAUUCACACUUUAGUCAUGUAAUAUUUAACUUCCAUGGUGAGAGUAAGACCUUUUUCAUUUCAGAGACAACAGACUAUGUUAUAGACCCACCUGAUGUAGAAUACCCAUUGUGUCUUUACGUCUUGGUUGACGAGAAUGAGGAAGUGCAGAACAUGCUCCUCUGAGCUGCCCACUCAUUAAGCCAUUUGCCAUGCAUACAUUGUUAGAUCUGCAAUGACACGCAUUAGGUUCAGCACCAAUUGGAGGACAGGCAUGUUGAACACUAUUGUCACUGUAAACUGGCAAGUGCUUGGAAACUGACCGGGUUCACUGUUGUGCUGGGAGCAGAGAGAGGCCUGGCCAACUAGUUCCUGCAGCAACACAGGGUGAGCUGUGUGCUCCUGCUUGGCAAAUUGCAGUCGGCAGACCCCAUCACCCAGACUUGAACCAGUUGUCCAUGAUAUGUUAUAAUGAUUUUUAUCAUUAUUGACAGAUGCCAAAUAUUGACUAGCAUUCACUCUCAGAAAUGAAAACUUGGUGUGAUUAACAUGAUCUCAGAGUGCAGAUGCUGGCCGUUCGGGACCUUAAGCACCUAUGCAGACCUUACUUUCGAAAUAGUCGGCUCUUCUUUAACUGCCACUCUCCCUCAGUACGCCAUACGUCAAAGUGUUAUGCACAGAUUUUUGCCCACAUGAGGAGCAAAAAAAAUUGAACCUGUGGAAGUAAAACAUUACCUUAGGCACUGGAGCAAAUCCACAGGAAAAUAAUGAAGCCAUAAUAAAGGUUGGAGUUUUGGA